GCGACUGCUUCCCGGGCUGGCGGGGCCCGGGCGCCCCGAGGCCGCGGCUUUCCAGGGCGCCCCGAGCGUUCGCAAGUUGCGAGCAAAGUUUGGGGGAGGAGACGCCGAGCCUGAGUCCUUUCUUCCUCUCGCUCCUCAAACCCGAGGGCAGCCGGCGGGCGUCAUGCCCGCGCUCCUCCGCAGCCUGGGCUGCGCCUGAAGCCUCGGAGCCUGGGCGCAGGCAGGACCCGAGGACCACUCGGUUUCCGAGUUUCCCCCGAGUUCGUCGCUUGCUGCAUCCCGACUCGCGCGGGGCGCGGGGACAGACCGGCGGCCGCGGAGCGUUGCCAUUCAAGAGGCUGCAGCAGCUGCGGGAGCAGCGGCCAGACCGGCAGCGGCUGCGGGAGCACCUGGGCUCCGGAGCCCACCGCAGGCUGGAGGCGUUGCUGGCAGUCCAUGCUCGCAGGCGACGUGUGCAGAUGGGAGUGACGUCCACAUGGAGAUAUGGAAGAGGACGGGGGAUUGGCACCGCCGCAGCCAUGGUCAGCUGGGCCCGCUUCGGCUGCCUGGUCGCGGUCACCAUGGCAACCUUGUCCCUGGCCAGGCCCUCCUUCAAUUUAGUGGAGGACACCACAUUAGAGCCGGAAGAGCCGCCAACCAAAUACCAAAUCUCCCAACCUGAAGUUUACGUGGCCGCGCCCGGGGAGUCGCUAGAGUUGCGCUGUCCGUUGAGAGACGCCGCCACGAUCAGUUGGACUAAGGAUGGGGUACACUUGGGGCCCAACAAUAGGACAGUGCUUACGGGGGAAUACUUGCAGAUAAAAGGUGCCACGCCUAGAGACUCCGGCCUCUAUGCUUGCACGGCGGCUAGGCCGGUAGACAGCGAGGCUGUCUACUUCAUGGUGAAUGUCACAGAUGCCAUCUCAUCUGGAGAUGACGAGGACGACACAGACGGCUCCGAGGAUUUUGUCAGUGAGAACAGUAACAACAAGAGAGCUCCGUACUGGACCAACACAGAAAAGAUGGAAAAGCGACUUCAUGCUGUCCCCGCAGCCAAUACUGUCAAGUUCCGCUGUCCAGCUGGGGGGAAUCCAACACCAACGAUGCGCUGGCUGAAGAACGGAAAGGAGUUUAAGCAGGAACAUCGCAUCGGAGGCUAUAAGGUGCGAAACCAGCACUGGAGCCUUAUUAUGGAGAGUGUGGUCCCGUCCGACAAAGGAAAUUACACCUGUGUGGUAGAGAAUGAGUAUGGCUCCAUCAAUCACACGUACCACCUCGAUGUUGUUGAGCGAUCGCCACACCGGCCCAUCCUCCAAGCUGGAUUGCCGGCCAACGCCUCCACCGUGGUGGGAGGUGACGUCGAGUUCGUCUGCAAAGUGUACAGCGACGCCCAGCCCCACAUUCAGUGGAUCAAACACGUAGAAAAGAACGGCAGCAAAUACGGGCCCGACGGGCUGCCUUACCUCAAGGUGCUGAAGCACUCGGGGAUUAAUAGUUCCAAUGCAGAAGUGCUGGCUCUGUUCAAUGUGACGGAGGCGGAUGCUGGGGAGUAUAUAUGUAAGGUCUCCAAUUAUAUAGGGCAGGCCAACCAGUCCGCCUGGCUCACUGUCCUGCCAAAACAGCAAGCUCCUGUAAGAGAGAAGGAGAUCACGGCUUCCCCAGACUACCUGGAGAUAGCCAUUUACUGCAUAGGGGUCUUCCUAAUUGCCUGUAUGGUGGUGACGGUCAUCUUGUGCCGAAUGAAGACCACGACCAAGAAGCCAGACUUCAGCAGCCAGCCAGCUGUGCACAAGCUGACGAAACGGAUCCCCCUGCGGAGACAGGUAACAGUUUCUGCCGAGUCCAGCUCCUCCAUGAACUCCAACACCCCACUGGUGAGGAUAACCACACGCCUGUCCUCAACAGCAGACACUCCCAUGCUGGCAGGGGUCUCCGAGUAUGAAUUGCCAGAAGAUCCAAAGUGGGAGUUCCCAAGAGAUAAGCUGACGCUGGGCAAACCUCUGGGGGAAGGUUGCUUUGGGCAAGUGGUCAUGGCUGAGGCGGUGGGAAUUGACAAAGAGAAGCCCAAGGAAGCAGUCACUGUGGCCGUGAAGAUGUUGAAAGAUGAUGCCACAGAGAAAGAUCUUUCUGAUCUAGUGUCCGAGAUGGAGAUGAUGAAGAUGAUUGGAAAACACAAAAAUAUCAUAAAUCUCCUUGGAGCCUGUACUCAGGAUGGGCCUCUCUACGUCAUCGUCGAGUAUGCCUCGAAAGGCAACCUCCGUGAAUACCUCCGAGCCCGCAGGCCGCCUGGGAUGGAGUACUCCUAUGACAUCAACCGCGUUCCCGAGGAGCAGAUGACCUUCAAGGACUUGGUGUCCUGCACCUACCAGCUGGCGAGGGGCAUGGAGUACUUGGCUUCCCAGAAAUGUAUUCAUCGGGAUUUAGCAGCCAGAAAUGUUUUGGUAACAGAAAACAAUGUCAUGAAAAUAGCAGACUUUGGACUGGCCAGAGAUAUCAACAAUAUAGACUAUUACAAAAAGACCACAAACGGGCGACUUCCAGUCAAGUGGAUGGCCCCAGAAGCCCUUUUUGACCGCGUGUACACCCACCAGAGUGACGUUUGGUCCUUCGGGGUGUUAAUGUGGGAGAUCUUCACAUUGGGGGGCUCCCCCUACCCAGGGAUCCCGGUGGAGGAACUUUUUAAGCUGCUGAAGGACGGACACAGGAUGGAUAAGCCGGCAAACUGCACCAGCGACCUGUAUAUGAUGAUGAGGGACUGUUGGCAUGCGGUGCCCUCCCAGAGGCCGACGUUCAAACAGUUGGUAGAAGACUUGGAUCGGAUUCUCACUCUCACAACCAACGAGGAGUACUUGGACCUCAGUCAGCCUCUCGAACAGUAUUCACCUAGUUAUCCUGACACAAGGAGUUCUUGUUCUUCGGGAGAUGAUUCUGUUUUCUCUCCGGACCCCAUGCCUUACGAGCCCUGCCUUCCUCAGUAUCCACACGUAAACGGCAGUGUUAAAACAUGAAUGAGCUUGUCCUUCUGUCCUUCUGUCCCCACAUGGGACGGCGCCAGGAGCCUAGCCACACUGAGCAGGGAGGCCAUGCCUCCAGGAGCCGCUUGGCUCCGCUUGUAUAUAUGCAUCAGAGGAGUAAAUAAUUGGAAAAGUAAUCGGCACACAUGUAAAGAAUUUAUACAGUUGGAAACUUGUAAUCUUCACCAGGAGAAGAAGAAUGUUUCUGGGGCUGUGGACUGCCGUGGGCCGCCACGCGCCUGUGACCCACUGUGGGUCCUGGCUGUGGGCCCUCCGAACUCAAGGCAGAGUUACGUUCUGCCUUCCUUGUGAAUUUUGUAAUAAUUGGAGAAAAUAUAUGUCAGCACACACUUACAGAGCACAAUGGCAGUAUAUAGGUGCUGGAAGUAUGUAAAUAUAUUCAAAUUAUGUAUAAAUAUAUAUUAUAUAUUUACAAGGAAUUAUUUUUUGUAUUGAUUUUAAAUGGAUGUCCCAAGGCACCUAGAAAAUUGGUCUCUCUUUUUUAAAUAGCUCUUUGCUAAAUGCUGUUCUUACACAGAAUUUCUUAAUUUUCACCGAGCAGAGGUGGAAGAAUACUUUUGCUUUCAGGGAAAAUGGUAUAAUGUUAAUUUAUUAAUGAAUUGGUAAUAUACAAAACAAUUAAUCA